CUUAGCGAUUAACGAAAGGGAAUCAAUUAGACUGCUAUGUUUAAAUGAGGAAUCGAUUUUACAGUAACCAAGAGGGAAACAUCGUUUUGUCUGAGCAUGAAAACUGUGUCCGACUCAAUGGUUCGAGUGAGUAAAACGUCGGAAACCAAGCCCCAGGUUUUAAUGGGUUUGCAUUCAGUUGAACAUGAUACAUGUAUGACUGGACGAGGGUUGAAAAAGGUAUCGAGAAAAGCUGCCGGUGAAAGAUCAUGAACCGUGCAAUUCAAGUGAAAUCCGACUCUGAAGGUCGUGGUGAGGAGAGAAAACUGUUUAUCGGAAUGUUGUCUAAGCAACAAUCGGAAGAUGAUGUGAGACAGUUGUUGCAAGCCUUUGGUACCAUUGAAGAGUGUACAAUACUUCGUGGUCAUGAUGACCAGUCAAAGGGCUGUGCAUUUGUUAAAUUUUCAUCACAUGGCGAAGCUCAAUCGGCCAUUGAUGCUCUCCAUGGAAGUCAAACAAUGCAUGGAGCUUCAUCUUCCCUUGUGGUUAAAUUUGCAGACACGGAAAAGGAAAGGCAGAUCCGUCGUAUGCAACAGCUUGCAGGUAACAUGGGCAUACUCAAUCCUUUCAUGGUAAACACUUUUGGCUCUUAUGGAGCAGCUUAUGCCCAACAUCAUCAAGCGCUUAUGGCAGCAGCAGCCGCUUCACAGGGUUACAUCAAUCCAAUGGCUGCUGCUGCUGUUUUAGCACCUCCUUUACCUCCUCAGUGCCAAAUACCAAAUGGAUUAGCGAAUAGUCAAUUUGAAGGGCAGCUCCCGUUGGAGUCCUAUCUUCCAGGUCAACUCGUCCACAUUUGUCAUGAUGAUACCAUCGUCGGAUGAAGGAAAGGUUAGGGGCUUGAUCACCAUAAGUUUCAUUCAAAUCGGCCUGGAUUUCGCGAAUUGACUUUCCUUUCAAAUAUGAGUUCCUUAUUACACCUCGAAAUUCAGUAGUUGACAUUUUGUUCGAACAAUAAAAAAUUUUAGAAAAAGCUUACACAUAAAAAUGGUCAAGAAUCUGGGCUAAAAAGUUCGAAAAUUCGAUUUUUGCUAUCGCCCCCUAUCGGAAACCUAUGUAAAUACAUUUGAUUCGCACUUAACUGAACUACCUAAUAUUUGGAAAAGUGAGACUCUAUCAAUUUAAGAUGCAAGAUAAGAAGACGGAAUUGUGAGAAAGUAAAAUUGGAAGGUAAAAGGUAAAAAAAAUGGCUGGGAAAUGUUUUUCACACUUUUUUUCUUCGUUCCUUUUUCCAUCUCCUUCUUUGACACAAAAUCAUCUUCGAUAUUAUUCGCUUAGCCUUUUCUCUCUAGUCUUUUCUUCUUUACCUAACAACUUUUAUAUCAAAGAAACUCGGGAAAUCAAAACGCUGCCAAUGAAGGAAAAUGAAGAAACUCUAUUACCUUUUCUUAUCCUGGUCGUGUUACGACGAGAUAAUUAUUUGAAUAAAAGACUUGGGCUAAUCAAGUAAAUUUAAUCAAGAAUCAAUGAGAAUUGGAUUGAAUGAGGAAACGAAAGAAACGUUGCAGAAGAUUAUAAUAUCAU